GGCCAUGCAGAUUAAUUUCGAUGUCUGUAUGCAGUGUAUGAUCGUCUCCGCAGCCUCCUCACAGCUCGGCAAAUGCGAAUACGUACAAGCGUCUCUCGCCUCAGCCUUGUAUGCCUUCAACUCCACACUCACACAAGCGUUCAGAUUCCCAGGUUUCGCAGCGUUGCUGAAUCGAAUUCCCUACUUCCCUGGCUUGGUCGAAUCUUCAGGACAUGGCUUCGCCCCCACACCUUUGAACGUCAACGACUCGUGUCUUCGCACCGAUCUCGAAGGGACUCAAGCCUUCCUUCGGUCUACACUCCUUGGCUGUGGAGUAACGUGUGAGUCCAUCCGGACUCAUAGCCCAGACCUGGUGCGUAUGAAGUAGAUCCUGUGUGCACAGCCAUAAAGUCUUGGCAGACUCGAUACAGUAAUUUUGCCGACAUAUUAUCAUUCAGCCUAAGAAUCGUCCCAGCUUGCUGUAGACUCCCUGAUCAAGUAGAGAUCCUGUUUCACAUGGUAGGAGCUAAUCGGUCAUUGUGCAAUAAUACCCGACUACUUCCACACUUCUAAGCCCAGAUGAGCAUCUUUCAAUCUUGCCUUUGCAGGUUCAGACUAUACAAGCUGGCCAUUCCUUAAUUGGGCCGUCGUGGCAAGGCCCUGGUGCUGCACUAUUUUGAUGUCGUUCCCCGUUCAUCGGCCAUCGUCACGCUGGCUCCUCGAUUCUCUUUCGAUCUUUCUCAAUUCCAUCUCGACCAGACGGACGCAGACAUCAGCAACGUCACUGCCAGUUCGCCAGCUCCGUAGAGUGACGC